GAACUACAGCUCCCACAGUGCCCCGCGGUUCCACCGGAUGUUGAUCCAAAAGAAACAAAGAUGGCGGAGGCGGCCGGUGGCGAAGGCGCUUUGGCCGUUUCCAGCCUUUGCCGCGCUCCGGAGUAUGAACUGGCUGGCGUGAACUCGAAGGUUUUCCACGUCGGCUCUUUCGGCAGCCUGUGGCGGAAGCAGCUGGAUAAAGCGUACCAGGGGUUGGAGGAGGAGAGCGAGGAGGCGGUGGUCGGGCAGCAACUGGUAACGCAGUUGGGUCUCCCUUCGGACAUGGUGGAGGAGCUGCAGCUGGUGUGCGGUGUUGAUACAUUGAAAUGCACUGAACAGGACACCAGUACAGAUGUCAUCCCUGAAGAUACAGACCUCGUCACAUUACAAAUACGAAGAAAAGUUAUUAAAAAGAGAAAAGAGCGUUUGACACAUGAUCGUGCCUGUAGGCAAGAAAUUUAUGCACAUGAAUAUGAAAUGCAAACAGUAGGAAGAAAGCCCGGUAAUCCAGAAGAUUCCAUUGCAGCCGGAGAAGUAAUUCUAACUGUUAAUGUCUACUCCCCUAUUAUAUUUGUUAAGCACAGGGAGAACAAACCCCACCACACCCUACUUGUGUUGGGUAGUCAGAGAUUAACUGAGCUAAGAGAUGCCAUCUCUUGUGUCAGUGACCUUCAGAUUGGUGGAGAAUUCAGCAAUACUCCAGACUUGGCUCCAGAACAUAUUAGCAAGGACUUGUACAAGUCAGCCUUUUUCUACUUUGAAGGAACUUUCUAUAACGACAUGAGAUAUUCUGAGUGCAGAGAUUUGAGCAGGACCAUUAUUGAAUGGGCAGAGUCCCAUGACCGAGGCUGUGGGAAAUUUCGAACAGCUAAAAUGGAGGACUAUACAUUCAAUGAUAUGUGCAUUAAGGUUGGCUAUCCUUACUUGUAUUGUCACCAGGGCGACUGCGAACAUCUCAUCAUAAUCACAGAUGUCAGAAUUGUCCAUCAUGAUGAUUGCUUAGAUAAAACCCUGUACCCAUGUGUGAUCAAAAAGCACUGGAUGUGGACCCGGAAGUGUUCUGUUUGCAAAUUAUACAUAGUUCGGUGGGUGACCAACAAUGAUAAUUUUGCCCCUGAGGACCCAGCCUUCUUCUGUGACACGUGUUUCAGGAUGCUUCACUAUGAUGCUGAUGGCAAUAAAUUGGGAGAAUUUCUUGCAUAUCCCUAUGUUGAUCCGGGAAUAUUUAAUUAAAUGCUAUGUCAAAGUAGCCUGGUUGACUACUAAUAUUUUCUUGAGGUUUAACUGAAAUUGGUGGAAAAUUUGAACUGGACUUGCACAAUUGUGUAUGGCACCAACAUUUUAACAAGGCUUACAUACUUAGAUAUUCUCAAGAAUAAUUGUGUGCAAGCAUCCACUUCCAUACUGUCAAAGUUGCUUUAAAAUCUGUUGAAUUAAAUUUCAAGGUAUCUUGUUUUAAACAAUAAGCUGAACAGAUUCAUGACGUUGACCAACAAAGAUGGUAGCUUAUGGAACAAUGCUGGAGUUAUACCCUUUUGGUGAUUUCAUAUGUUAGUUACACUCUGAUUCAUUGUCACUCAUUCUUCUAAAGGAUUUUGUUCUAUUCUCAAGGUUGUCUAUUGUGGAAAUUAACGGGUUAGACACGUCUGUAUUUCUGAAAUUUGGAUUCAAACCUAACACAGAAUUAUAUGAAUGGAAGUCGCUGCUUGCUGGCUGUAAAGGGGCUUAUUUGAGAUGAAUUUUGGGGAGUCUUUGUUCUGUUUCUGGCAAAUAGUGUCCGUUGGUGUAAAAUCUCAAUUUGGCACCACUUGCUAAACUUAAUUAGAGAUUAAAAGAUAAUUGUUAUACUGAUAGUGUUGGAUGUCCCUCUCUGAAGGUGGUGUACUGUGUUGAUGCAAAAAGUUCCAUCUCUAACCUCAAUCACCAAAUUUUAAAAUGUUUUGUAAUAUGUUAAUUUAAAUGUUUUUCUCUCUCUCUCUCAAGGAAUUGUGACCCUUUAUUAUUGACAAAGUAAUCCAAUAGAUACAAUUUAAAACUUUAUGUUCAUCACUGAAGUAAAAUAACUUUGUACAUAGCUAAGUCUUCUGCUAUUUUCACACACCCCAAUGGGCAGAUUGCAUAAUUCUGUGAAAUAACAUUUAUUGAUGAAUGAUUUGCCUGUCAUGGUUAUUGUAUUUGCAGUGUGUUUUCUUCCUCAUGUUAAUGGUGAAGGUAGAUACUCUAUUAUUGGCCUUUUGGGGGCAGAAUAUUUAGAUUACUUAGCUAUGUUUUCCUACUUUCAUGAAGGAAUUUUUUUGGGUAGCAGGGUGGUGGUUGGAGGCAGGCUUUUACCAAAUUGUAUUUGAAGAAAGCCCUAGACACUAUCUUCCCACCAUGUUCCCAGUUUAAGCUUGAAAAAUUCUCAACCCCUGUUUGAGAAUUGACAGUUGUGGUGGAGGAGAGAGGAGACCUGAGAACAAGAGGGGUGGGGAUCCUUUGUAAAUGGGGGCUUCUCUGUAAGAACAACUGUGUCUGUCACUAACUCAAGUCAGACUUCCGUGGUGGUUAUACCUGCAUUGGAGCUUGUGACCCAACUUAGGGGUCCCCACUCACACCUUAGGAAGCCCUGUUAUAGGGGCUAGAUAUUGAGGUGCCUGGAGUGAUAUUAUAUUGCACAACUGGACUGAUUAGUCCUGAUGAUAUGUUUACAACUUGUUUUUCUGUCAUUGCUUUGCCUUCUUGUUUAUUUCAUUUAUGUAAACCUGAACUCUUGACGUGUAUAAAUUGUGAAUCUAGUGACAUUAUUUCCAAUUUUUAUUUCUACAAAUAAAGUGGAUUUUGAAGUUGUUUAUUUUAA